CAGACCCCAUACCUUCAUUUAUCUGCAAUGCAGGAAGGAGAGUAUAUAUUUCAACUGAUGGUGACAGAUUCUUCAGGACAGCAAUCCACAGCUUUGGCUACUGUGACUGUCCAGCCUGAAAACAACAGGCCUCCAGUGGCUGUGGCUGGUCCCGAUAAGGAGCUGGUCUUCCCAGUGGAAAGUGCCACCCUGAAUGGGAGCAGGAGCAGGGAUGACCAUGGCAUUACCUUCUACCAUUGGGAACACAUCAGAGGCCCUGGUACAGUAGAAAUGGAAAACACUGACAAAGCUGUAGCCACUGUAACUGGUCUUCAGGUGGGUACCUACCACUUCCGUUUAACAGUGAAAGAUCAGCAGGGACUGAGCAGCACAUCCACCAUGACCGUGGCAGUGAAGAAGGAAAUUAAUAGUCCUCCCAGAGCCCAGGCUGGUGGCAGACAUAUUCUUGUGCUUCCCAAUAAUUCCAUUACUUUGGAUGGUUCAAGGUCUACUGAUGACCAAGGAAUUGUGUCCUAUCUGUGGAUCCGAGAUGGCCAGAGUCCAGCAGCUGGAGAUGUUAUCGAUGGCUCUGACCAUGCUGUGGCCCUGCAGCUCACGAAUCUGGUGGAGGGCAUCUACACUUUCCACUUGCGUGUCACUGAUAGUCAGGGUGCCUCGGACACAGACAUUGCCACGGUGGAAGUGCAGGCAGACCCCAAGAGGGGUGGCCAGGUGGAACUGAUCCUGCAAGUUGGUGUUGGGCAGCUGACAGAGCAGAAGAAGGAUACCCUGGUGAGACAGCUGGCAGUGCUUCUGAACGUGCUGGACACAGACAUUAAGGUUCAGAAGAUCCAGGCCCACUCGGAUCUUAGCACCGUGAUUGUGUUUUACGUACAGAGCGGGCCAGCUUUCAAGAUUCUCAGAGCUACUGAAGUGGCUGAGAAUCUGCACAGGCGACUGUCAAAGGAGAAAGCGGACUUCUUGCUUUUCAAGGUCUUGAGGAUUGACACAGCAGGUUGCCUUCUCAAGUGUUCAGGCCACGGUCACUGUGACCCCCUCACAAAGCGCUGCAUUUGCUCCCAGUUGUGGAUGGAGAAUCUUAUACAGCGCUACAUCCGGGAUGGGGAGAGCAACUGUGAGUGGAGUAUAUUCUACGUGACAGCACUGGCUCUUACGCUGAUAACAUUAACAGGGGGUUUAACUUGGUUUUGCAUCUGCUGCUGCAAGAGACGAAAAAGGACUAAAAUAAGGAAAAAAACAAAGUACACCAUCCUGGAUAACAUGGAUGAACAAGAAAGAAUGGAACUAAGGCCCAAAUAUGGUAUUAAACAUCGAAGCACAGAGCACAACUCCAGCCUGAUGGUGUCGGAGUCUGAGUUUGACAGUGACCAGGACACAAUCUUUAGCCGAGAGAGGAUGGACAGAGGGAAUCCAAAGAUUUCUCUGAAUGGCUCCAUCCGGAACGGAGAUUCCUUCAGUUAUUGCUCAAAGGACAGAUAAUGGGGCAGCUGUGAAGUGGAGGAACCUGCAGGAAUCCCUGACUCCAGGACCAGUCAGUGGGAGUUAAAACAGAACUAACUCUUGUUUGCAGAGCGUAUUAGCGACUUUUCACAAUGGGCUGAAUGUGUGUCCCACAUAUUAGAAGACC